AUGGACGGUCUAUUGAUCGACAGCGAGGAUCUCUACACGAUCUGCACCAACACGGUGCUGCGCGAGUUCGGCAAGCCCGACCUGCCCUGGUCCAUCAAGGCGCAGAUGCAAGGACGGCCCGGCCCCGAGGCGGCCCGCGUCUUCCACGAGUGGGCGAAGCUGCCAAUCGCGCACGACGAGUUUAUGGAGAAGCAGAGCAAGCUGCAGCGCGAGCAUUUCCCCAAGGCGCAGCCGCUGCCGGGCGUGAGGGAGCUGUUGGAUACAUUGGCGAAGAAGACUGGCAGCGCUGGUGCUGGUUCUGGGGUGGACAAGAAGAGGGUGCACAUCGCGCUGGCGACCAGCAGCCACGCGGGCAACUACGCGCUCAAGACGGCGCACCUGGGCGACGUGUUCGCCGUCUUCCCGGACGAGAACAGGGUGCUCGGCGACGACAAGCGCAUCGAGCGCGGCCGCGGGAAGCCACUGCCGGACAUCUACCUGCUCGCCCUCGACACGAUCAACGCGAAGCUGAAGCGCGAGGGUGCGCGGGACGAGGAUCUGGUGAAGCCGGAGGAGUGCUUGGUGUUCGAGGAUAGCGUGCCAGGCGUCGAGGCCGGGCGGAGGGCUGGCAUGCAGGUGGUUUGGUGCCCCCACCCGGGUCUCAGGGAAGAGUAUAGGGGCAGGGAGGAGGAGGUGCUUGCAGGGAGGACGGGCGAGCAUAAGGGGUUGGAUGAUGAGAGGAGCGGAAGGGUGGGCGAGAUUGAGGACGGCUGGGGGGUGUACCUGGAGUCCUUGGUCGGGUUUCCGUAUGAGAGGUUUGGAAUCGAGGUUGUAUGA